CCACGCAUUAAGCACUAUCUCCGACAAACACUCAUCGAAGUUGAAAGACUUUGUGUAAAUAAACAGUGUGAAUAUUUUGUUUCCUAAAUUAUGAUUAUAAAUAGAAGAUUUAGAGAAUGAUCAACAGGGUAGAGAAUCCGGAGGAAAAAAGAAGAUCAGAAAACCUGAAUACUCCGUUGGUGAAACUUUGCAAAUCAUGGAAAACAGUGGAAGUUUUAAAGAGAAAUCCUUUUUCACUGGGGUCUACUUUGGUGAAUUCAAAAGUAAACUUUUCCACGGCAAGGGAAAGUAUACAUGGAGGAAUGGAAAAAUAUAUGAGGGUGAUUGGGUUGAUGGAAAGAGAACCGGAAAAGGGCGGAUCAUAUGGCCAUGUGGAAAAAAGUCUAAGGGCGGACUGUCUAAGAAUUAUUCUCUAAUGGGUGGUAAGAAUAGAAAUAUCUACAUUGGAAAUUGGAAAAACAAUCAAAGAGAUGGAAGAGGGGUUGUAAAAUGGGUUAGCGGCGAUGUUUUAGAAGGCUGUUGGUCAAAUGGACACUUAAGGUCUGGAGUUUAUAGAUUUGCAAAUGGUAAUGUCUAUACCGGUGGCUUCAAGACUAGCUUUUGUCAUAGAAAAGGAGAGAGCGCUUGGUCGAAUGAUGAAAUAAUAUAUGAGGGCGAUUGGGUUAAUGGAAAAAUGACUGGAAAAGGAUUGAUGACUUGGCCAUCAGGAACAAAUUAUAAGGCAUAUUUUGAAGACAAUUGUCAUCAAGGUAAUGGCACAUACACUUGGAAGGAUGGAAGUGUUUACGUUGGAAAUUGGAAGAACAAUAAAACAGAUGGAAAAGGGAUUAUGAAGUGGGCUAAUGGUGAUGUUUUUGAUGGUUGCUGGUCAAAGGGAGUGAGACGUGGAUCUGGAGUUUAUAGAUUUGCAAACGGAGAUGUCUGCAUUGGUAAUUUCAAAGGUAAAUUUCUUCAUGGUAAAGGAAAGUACACAUGUUCAAAUGGAACAAUAUUUAAGGGAUAUUGGGAUGAUGGAACAAUGACAAAGAAAAUACCGGAUCUUGAAAAUCUUAUUGGAGACUGCAUGUUAUUGCAGAUUUCUAAUAAAGGUGAUUCCGACGCUGGUUUGAGUUGUUUGGUUACCAAAGGGAAAAAUAUAGAAGGAGUUAUGAUUGUUGAGAAAAUAGAGCAGUAUUCAGAAAUAACCAAACAAAGUGAGAUGCAAGGAAAGAAGAGUUCAAGUAUAAGGACAUUUUUCAAGACUGUCAAAGCUAAGCUGCAGCGGAAUUUGCAACAUCGCAUCAGAGAUCUUGAGACAAUGUGAAAGAUUGAUCAUGUAGCAUUCAGUUUGCACUGGAGGAUUGAACUUCAUGAGGAAUAAUUGAGUUUAUAUAGUAUUCACUUGUUUUCAAAGUCAUUUAUGUGUUUUUCUUAUAUAAGUUGAACUCUAGAUACAUAAUAUGCAAUUUUAGUUUUGGGAUUUCAUAAUUAAGUAGUAUUAAUUCUCAUAAGAUCUCACCUUGUUGAGUGUUAAUUAUUCAGUAGCACAUUAUAUUACAUCAGAAU